CUUAGAUGAUUUUCGAAAAAGUCACCCGCCAUGAUUGUUGUGUUUUUUUUAGGUUGGAUCUAGUCCGUCCGUUGUGCACGCAGUAAGUUUAUUUACUGGAAGAAGAGGAAGUUUUUUUUUCGGGAAACAACAAGAUACCUGAACAUGGAGUCUCGGUUUGCUCACCUGCGCCAGCGGGACACUAGUGCGUCAAUGCUGAGGGUAAAAAUGUCCCGUAGAAGGUCUCAGUCCCAGAAAGAGAACAGAGAACGGACUGUGAACACACGCAGGCAGCUGGAUAAGCUCCCGGAGCUGGAUAUCUCUUCCCUGGAUGCCUCCAUCGCAAUGGCUAACAUGUCAACCAUUCAGGAGAAGACGCAGAACAAUGCAAAAUUUGAUAAAAACAAGGCUGGAGAAGAGAGGUUAAAACAGCUUGCACGCUGGAAAGAGCGCAAGGCUCUUGAGAAGGAAAAGGAAAAGAGAGAAAGGGAGCGUAAAGGGGUAUUUAAGACUGGCGUGUAUCAUCCAAGGGACACCCUUACCAUUGUCUCCCUGCCUGCAGUCCCAGCUGCCUCAACCAGAGCUACGGAGACACAAGUGAACACAGCUCCAUCCCAGAGUACCAGAGUCACUCGUUCAAUGAAACAGCAGCAUCAAGUGCAGAGGCCUCUGAAGAUGCAGGAUCCAAAUACUGUGGCAAAGAAAGCUCAACCUGCUGUGGAAAGACCAACCAGGAGCCGUGUUGCUCCCGUCAAGCCUGCACCAGCUAAGAGCAAGACUAAAAUGCCUGCAGUGGAGCCUGUCGUACAAGCUUUGUCGACCAGAACAGCCAACAGGCCUCCUGUUACAGCAGCUCCUGUGGUGAAAGACAAACCUAAGGACAAGUCUGCAGGUGUAAGAACCACAAGGAGCAGAGCAUUAGUCCAAGCUGUGGCCCCGCUUUCUGAGACAGGAAGGAACUGUAAAGCACCUGUUAACACUGUCCAGCCUGCUGUGCCCAAGGAGGCUGAGCCAAAGGAGUCUGAGUUGCAUUAUCCAGAGGAAAAACCUCAUCCCCCCAGCUGUUCUGAAGAGGAUGACAUGGUGGUGGAACAAGCUCCAGCUGACUCUAUCCCUGCUGUGGAUCCCAUUGAAGCGCCAUCCUCUAUCUCUUCUUUUGCUCCAGAGGGUUUUGUCUUUCAGGCUCCAACUGGCUUGUCGUCCUUCAAGUUCGAACCUCUCACUCCUCGCUCGGCAGACGUCUUCCUUACACCAAGCCCCAGCUUCAUUCUUCCAGAGGCCCCCACGUUCAACCUUGAGCCUCAGGCUGAGCAAAGCAAACCCCUUCACUCUAAAUCCCCUCGUACAUCUCCCACAGUGGCCCCUCCGAAUCCGGGCAGCCCCCUGGAAUCGAAACAUGAUGUAACAUACUUCAGAUUGGAAAUUGCCAAUGAGACAGACAGACUGAUAACUCUGUGUGGGCACUGGGAGCCUAAAGUGGAGGAUGAAUCCAUUCCAGAAGAGAUGAGAGACCGUAUGCGUACAGCAGUCGGCCAAGCGAGGCUGUUGAUGAAAGAGCGCUUUAAACAGUUCAGCGGUCUUGUGGACGACUGCGAGCUGUGCAGAGGAGAGAAGAUCACCACCUGCACUGACCUGCAGGGGUUCUGGGACAUGGUUUAUUACCAGGUGGAGGAUGUCAACAAGAAGUUUGACGCUCUCAAAGAAGCAGAGAGCCGUGGCUGGGUGGAGGAGCACAAGCCACCACCGCGACAGAGGAAAGCAGUGAAGAAACCUUCCGCUGCACCUGCCAAACCAACAGGAGCCACAACAGCAGCCAAGUCUCGUCUGGCUGCUGUGAAGGCAGCCAUGAAAGCCAGACAGCAGGCAGCAGAGAAAGCUGCAAAAGAUGCAGGUAACAUUGAGGACAACCCCAGCCCGAACUCUCGGGAACCACAACCCCAAACAGAAGUCCAACCGAAUGACACGGUUGUCUUUGAUGGAGGCUUCUUCCAUGUGGAAAGCCCAGCCAAACCACCAGGUUCAGUGCGGAGAUCCAUCCGUCUGAGUGCUGCUGUGCUGCACGAGGCCUCUCCCAGCUCAAACUAUCUCUCACCUAGAAGGAUCACUCGGCGAUCUCUUGCAAUGGCACAGACCCCCGUCCACACUCCUGCCCAUCUUCGUCUUACCCUCAUCCAAACCCCUGCACAAGCACCAAAGUCUCAGAAUGGCACUCCUCAUUCAUCCCAGAACAGAAAGGACAAUGUAAACGAGUCUCUUUGUUUUUCACCUGUAAAGGAAGUGCUUUCAGACAACACUCAGCCCGAGGGAAGCCCUGCACAGCAGUCAGAAACAGUCUCCCCACAGGGAAACGCUGUUCCUGAAUGGAGCACACCCACACCUGGAAAUUCACUUCCAUCCAUUUCUAUAGUCGAGGAGCAAGAUGAACCAGCUGAAGCCGUCGAUGUUGACCUCCCUGUCUCGCCAAGACUUUCCCUUUCUCCACACAAAACCCCUAUUCAAGCCUCCCCAGCCCCAGAGCCCUCAUCUCGUCUGAGUUUCAUGUUGUCACCAUGUGUAACUCCCAGCCAGGCUGCCAUCUCAUUCCCUCUUGCUGUGCAGGGCCCAGUGGAUGCCCAAGGGUCUGUGUGCCAUACACCAGACAGCUCGGCUGUUGAGGAAAUUCCUGGGUUGGACAAGCGUUACUUCCAGCCUUUACAGAGAUGCAGCAUGUCACCAAAUGAAAAGGUUGCCAUAGACACGCUCUCUCCUAUGGCAGUGGAUGUAGAAAUGGAGAGUCCCAGAGGUCAAUCUGAGGACCUGCUUGCUCAGGAAGAACCGGCACUGCCAGCGGUGUCUUCGGUGUUAACUCUAAAGUCACCACAGGCCCAGACAGCAGAGUCUGCCUUGCUUCUCUUCACUCCAGAUCUGAAGGACCGGAUCCGCCAGUCUGUCUGUCCAAGUGACCUUAUGGUCUUCACCCCUCCCCUCUAAUGUGUAGCAAAGAGAUUUCCUUUUAAAUUUUGUAUUUUUAUGUGUAUUUUCUACUUUUAUUACUCUCUUUGGGGGAAGAGGUAUCUGACUGAUUGUGAUCAUUUUUAGUUUAAAUGGGAAAAAAAGUUUUGUCUAAUUAAAGUUUUAGUUACUACAAGGUA